GGAUUAAAUAUUGAUGAAAUUGUUGAAUAUAUACAAUGUGAUCAAUCAAUCAUAUGGAAUAUAAUCGAUGAUUUAGGUUCAAUUUAUCAAUGGCGAUAUAGGAAUCAACGUUUUCGUAAAGUAAACAAUAUGAAUGGUCGUAGUCAUAUAUUAUUACGACCAAUCAUAUCUGAACAAUUAUGGAAUGAAUUUAAAUUACGUAUGUAUGAAAAUCGUUUCAUUUUGAUAACGUUAACCGGUGGAAAAAAAUCACAUAUAAUGUUAUAUUAUUGUCAUCGUCGUGUAAUGAAUGUUUUACCGGGUCAAAAUUUAUUAAUUUUCGGUCCUGUUUCGAUUUGUUUUAAUGAUUUUAUCGAUAUUAAUUGUGAAUCAAUUUUUGAAUUAGAACGUAUGCGACAUAUACAUUUACAUGGACGUGGUUUUAAAUUUCGUGUACAAUCUAAUUCACAUAAAUUAUUUCUUUAUCCAACCGAUAUAAUUGAUGGUAAAAUUAAUUUCAAAUGGAUACAACAAUUACCACCACCAACACCAACACCAACACCAACGAUUGAUAAUCAAUCGGCGGCUGAUAAUCAAAAUCAACAACAUAAAAUAAGUUUUGAACAUGAAUUACAUGUAUCAUCCAAAAUAACAAUAUCAACUAUUGAACGAUGGAUUUAUGGUUGGUAUCCAACAUUACGUAAUAAACCGAUCAGAUAUUAUCAUUCUGGUAAUGAAAUAAAUCCUGAUGUUGAUCUUGUUUCAAUGGAUUUUAAUUCACAGUUACAGAUUAUUUGUGAAUUUCAACAAUGA